CUCAUCCCCAAUUUCCCAUACACAAAACCCUAAUUAUUUUAUUUGAAUUUCCAUUCUAAUUAUCCACCAUGGAAGACAGCUUCAAUGCCCGAGUCGGCAAAGUUUUCGGCUCCCUCGAUGCUUCCUCUAAUUCCAAACCGUUUCCUUUGAGCCCUCUUUGGACCCUCACCGACGACGAAAUCGAGAAACGAGAGUGGAACCGAGACAAGAAGACUCUCCAGCAGGACGAGGACGAUGAUGAGGACGAGGACUUCUUCCACAACUUUCCACCAAAGGACAAGAAGAAUGACAUUAAUUUUGGCGCGGAGCUGGAGAAGGAUCUCAAUGACCUGGACGACGAGGAAGAAGCUCGUGCGCCCUCUAGUAAUCAGGCUAAGCCAGAGGAUUACAAUGAUGAAGAGUGGGAGAUUAAGUCUUCAAUUGGAAGGGACUGUACACUUGAUUAUGAGGAAGAGGAAGAUGCGUAUGAUAAGGUUGCUGUUGGCAGGGUUAAGAACGGAGAACGUCUUUACAUGAAGGAUGUAAAUGAUUAUGACAUAGAUGCGGAUUCUGGCAAUGUACUUCCAACUGCAUUCAAGGAUUUCUGUAGAGAUCCACGUGCCAAUCACAUUGCUGCAAAACUUAGGCUUAAGGAAGAUGAAGAAGCUGCCAAGACAAGGGUUGAAGAAGAUGCUGAAACUGCUAAAAAAAUUGAUUCGUUGCAUGUGUCUGAUGGUGUUGCAACUGUUGAUGCGGAGGCUCACAUUAGCACAUUUGAGGAUGGUAACCUGAAACCCAUUCUGAAGAGAAAGGGUGCUGAAUCAAAUUCAAAAUUACAGAAACGUGUCCGUUUUGAUUCUGAAUGUUGUAAAAGUGAUUGCAGUGAGGGCCCUGAAAGAACCAACGAUGUUCCUGGGGAAGCUUGCUUGACAGAGGAAGAAGAUGAUAUGGUCUCCAAUGAGGUAUCUACUUUAUCUCAGGAUUACCCGUCUGGAAUUCCAGAUUAUAUGUGGAACCCUUCGAAGUAUACUCGAUAUACUUUAGACACUGAUGAUGUUGAUGAUGAAUCAAAUCGGUCAGCCUAUAUGGAUUUCCUUAAACUGGUUAGGAGGUCAGAUGGUGCAGAACCACAUGCUGAUGAUGCUCCAGUUGAUCUUACAAAACCAGUAACUUUUAUACCAAGGAGGAAAAUUGCUGAUGUAGUCAUGGGAGAAAGUUGCGGUGAGCCAAAACAAACCCGGGAAAGUACUGAUAAGGAGCCCACGCAUAAGAGAGGCUUGCCAAUUGGAAUUGCAGCUGAAGAUACCGGUGACGGAGUUUGCACAAUGGAUGAAGAUGAACCGCAAGCAAUCAUUGAGAACAGGAACAGCUCCCAGAGAGCAGGCCGUCAAUAUCGAAUGAAAUCUUGCUCAGAGUAGCAUGAUUAGCUUUUGAUCGUCUAAUGCUAUACUGACUUGUAACUGUUUCAGUAUGUCGGCAGGGCAAGCAUGUCUGUCAUCAGCAAGAUAAAAGGAAAGAUUAAAAAGAAGAGC